AUGCCUGUUCAUACAAUUCGUGAUUUACCAAGCGAUAAUAAUAAUAACAAUAACAAUAAUCCAUCAUCAGGAGGAGGAAGAUCCCUCGGUGGUGGAGGUGGUAGAAGCCUUGGAGGAGGAAGAUCUCUCGGUAAUGGUUCUUCCAAUUCAAACAACAAUAACAAUGCAUCAUCAUCAUCAGGAAGAGUAUUAAGUUCGGGAGAAGCUGUUUCUUAUCAACCUUCUUCUGCUAAUUAUGCUGGUGGAGCUGCUGAUAAUGGAGGUUCUUCUUCUGGAGGAGGAUCAAUGUUUGGAGGCAUGUUUUCUAGACUUGGUGGUAUGUUCUCUCAAGGAUCUGGUAGUACUGCUGGAGGUGGAAGUUAUAGUGCAACAGGUCAACCAGUUGAUGUUGAAUCACAAAAUAGACCUACAGAUCCUUAUCAACAACAAUAUGAUAUGAAUGAGGACAUGUUUUGGAGUUAUAAUUUGCAUGGUAUUACACCACAAUGGUAUCAUACCUGUUUAAUGUGUUGUUGUCCUUGUUUUGUUGGACCACCUUGUUCACCAACCAGAAAGCAAGAUUACAAGAAUAUGCUCAAGACAUUUUGCUUUUGGAUUUCCAUUGUACAAAUCAUUUACUUUAUUGUAGAGGUAUCUGUUGGAGGUAUUGAUAGUUCUAAUCCAUCUAUUGGGCCAUCUAGUUCAACUCUUCUCUUAUUAGGAGCCAAAUCUGCUUACAAGAUCAAGAAGGAAUAUCAACUUUGGCGUUUAUUCACUCCACUCAUAAUGCACGCAGGAUUUUUGCACUUGUUUAUGAAUUUAUUUGUUCAAGUAAUGAUUUGUAUGGGUUAUGAAAAGACUUGGAAGUGGUAUCGUGUUCUUCCAAUUUAUAUUAUUGCAGGUGUUGGAGGUAAUUUAUUGAGCUGUGUUGCCCUUCCAGAUAGUGUUUCAGUUGGAGCUUCUGGAGCAAUUAUGGGAUUGAUUGGUGCCAAGGUUGCUAAUAUUAUCAUUCGUUGGAAGAAGAUUCCAACUCAGCCAAAGAUUAUGCAAUGCAUCAGUGUUGGAUUUAUUAUUGUAAUUACACUUUUGUGGAGUUUCUCUGAUUAUGUAGAUUAUGCUGGCCACUUGGGAGGAUUAAUGUGUGGAUUCAUUAUUGGAUUUGCUUGUUUCGCCAUUACCGAAGUUUCAGACCGUAUCUACAAGUGGACUAUUUUUGCCAUGAGUGUUGGGUUGACAUUUGUUAUUUAUUUGACCCUUAGUUUAGUAUUUGGUCUUGUUACUACUGUUUCUGCAUAA